AUGGCUACAGGGAUCGAAACAAAAACCCAUGCCGACUAUACAGUGGGAUGGAUCUGCGCGCUGUCAAAGGAGCAGACCGCCGCAACUGCCAUGCUAGACAAGAGACAUGGUGACUUGCCAAAUCCACCUCACGACAGCAACACGUACACCCUUGGGUCCAUCGCUAAUCACGACAUCGUCAUAGCUUGUCUCCCAGAUGGCAGAUACGGCACCAAUUCAGCAGCGAAUGUUGUGACGCUGCUUUCUGGGACUUUUCCAUCCGUCAGAUUCUGCUUGAUGGUAGGAAUUGGAGGCGGCAUUCCGUCGAAUAAAGUGCGAUUAGGCGAUGUCGUUGUUGGUAGACCAGAAGGCCAGUUUCCAGGCGUGGUGCAAUGGGACAUGGGCAAAGCAAAACAAGGCGGCGAAUUUGAGCGGACGGGGGCGUUGAAUAAUCCACCCAAAGCUGUCUUAACGGCGUUGGCGAAGUUGAAGACAGACAAUGAAUUAUACGAAUCGAAGAUCUCAAAGUAUCUCGAUGAUUUCAAGAACCGAUAUCCUAGGGCGGCUGAAAAAUAUCUUCGGUCGGACUCACUUGUGGACGUUUGCUACAAGGCAAACUACGAUCAUGUCACCCCUAAAAGAAAGAGGGAUGAUAAUGAGGAAGAAGACGAAGAUGAAGUCGAAGGAGACGAUGAAAUGGAUCCUUGUAAACACUGCGACAAAUCGAAGGCAUUGAAACGGAAACCUCGCAGCAUGCUUGUACACUACGGCCUCAUCGCAUCUGGAAAUCAAGUUAUCAAGGAUUCCAAAUAUCGGGACAAGUUGAACAAGGACCUUGGCGGCAAUGUCCUUUGCGUCGAGAUGGAGGCCGCUGGGAUAGUGAACAGCUUCCCGUGCUUGGUUAUUCGGGGCAUCUGCGAUUACUCGGAUUCCCAUAAAAAUGAAGCCUGGCAAGAGCAUGCAGCAGUAGUGGCGGCAGCGUACGCGAAAGAACUUUUGGUGUUUGUUCAGCCAAUUGAGCUCCGAGGCGAACGUCGUAUAAAGGACGUGUUGCAAGAAGGUUAG